UGACAACGUUGAAAUGACUACACGUGAUUACAAAAGUGACUGCAUAAUUUUUGAUGAUAGUUAUGAAGGAUAUUCAGCGAAGAAUUUCACUUUACCAGAAAUCUAUGAAAAACAUAUUUCAACAAUUUUGGUUCCAAGUGGAAUGAUUGAGAAUCGUUUGGAAAGAAUGUCUAUUGAUAUACUGAGUGAUUAUGAGAAAUCUGGUGUACAAUCUGUCUACGUGAUUUGUAUAUUGAAAGGAGGUUUCAAAUUUGCUUCCGACUUAUUCAAAGCAUUACAAGAGUAUUCAUUUACACGUCGAAAUUACAUAAAAGUUAGUAUCGACUUCGUCGCUGCAAGUACAUACGUUGAUGAUUCAGUAGGUCAUGAUACCAAAAUCACUCCGUGUACAAAUAUGGAGAAGUUCAGAGAUAAGGACGUACUCAUUGUGGAAGAUAUGGUUGACACGGGCACAAGUUUAAACGAACUGGAGAGAUUUGUGAAGAAAUACGAACCGAAAUCUGUUCGUUCAGCAUGUUUAUUAGUCAAAAGAAUUACGAAUCCCAUUGAAGAAAUACCACCAAAUAGUUCAUUUUCCUGUUUAUCUCUAUGAUGUUGGCUUCGAAGUACCGAAUGUAUUCAUAGUUGGUUAUGGUAUCGACUACAACGAUCGCUUCCGUGAAUUGCCACAUGUCUGUGCAGUGAACGAUGAAGGUAAACGUGAAUUCCUUGGCAAAGGUUAACAUCUCUCUCGAGCUUCGUUUAACCGUGUAUUAACCGAGUAAAUGAUCAGAUUCGUGUCGAACGUUCCAUCUUUCAAUGUCACCACGUAUACAUUAAAGAAAAUGUAUAUUUUAUACAGAAGAGAAUUUAUUUUGUACUAUUUUUGCAAAAAUAUUUGUUUUGACAGAUA